CGUGCCAUCCGAGCUAGCGGAGCUUUGUUAGUGUGGUUCAAUGCUUUGCUUGGCCAGGAACGUCUUUAAUCGCGACCUUGUUUUAGAUAUCUACAACCCCCGAGGAGUAAGAAAUUCUGAUCUGAUUUCAAUCAUAUUAAUUAUCUCAGCCCAAAGAUCUUUAAGGGUCUUGGCGACAUGAUCAGACUAUGACUAGGGCCUGCUGCUUGCUAGCAAGAUGUCCGGAGAGCAUCAUGGCAAACCCAGCGCCGUACCGUCGUUUGCUUCCUUCAAGAAGCAGGAGCCGUUGAAACCUCUAUCGGAAGUAGGAGAAGAACGCAAACCAGCGACAGAGCCUGCCGGGGGUGGCGAUGGUUCUGAUGAUCGUGGAAGGAGGUCCAGAUCCAAAAGACAUCACCAUGACCGGCAACACCAGUCAAGUUCCAGCCAUAGAAAGAAUUCGGAGUCUGUCACUCUACGGCAUCGUGAGCACGCCAAAGACGAUUUCGGAAGUCUGCUGAAGCCUGUUGAUGGGCUCUCAACCACUCACAAGUCUGUCCCUGUGCUUGUCACUGAGCAGCAGUCUAAACAUUCCGACAAAUUGUACACCAUCGACAGACUAGGCGAUCCACUGAUCCUCAGAUAUGGAUCGAAUGACCGCUCCAAGGUCCCAGGGUACAGCAGAGGAGGCCGUGGCCGUAUCCUCGGUCAGGCUGUUGGAUUUCUCGAGACUGAUCGAAUAGGGGCCAGGGAGGUAUUUGUCAUCCGCUCUCCCCGGGAGCGUGGUUCUCUUUUUCGGGAGAAGAACGUCCCGCAACUCAAAUCUGGCAAUGGGCUAGAGAAGAAUUUCAUACCAAGGCCCCAUAAACGAUCAGAUGCACCAGUGGCGUCCGAGGAGAUGGAGUUCUUGCCAAUUACAAAUCCAAACAAGAGGAAGCGUGGGCAAGACGAUGAAGAUGCCCAUGACGGACGUUUUGGCCCCAACGGUGGUCCUUUAAGGAUGCCUGGGCUGCAGCCGUCCGAACCAGGUGCUUUUGACAGUGAGACGACGUCUGAUGAAGAUCAGAUGCUCGAUGUCGAUGAUGAUGACGAAGACGACCAGACGGAGGGGCAAGAGGAGCUGCAGAACACCAAGAAACGUCUCAUUGAGCUAUCACGGCGGGUCAAGGAGCACCCAGAGGAUGUCGACGCUUGGUUUGCCCUCAUUAAACUUCAGGAAACGAGACUACAUCUUGACACGAACGAGGCCGAAAACGAAACAUUCUCCAAGGGUGUGGCAGAAGUUAAGUUGUCCAUGUUUGAGUCUGCUUUGAAGCAUUCCCAGUCUGAAGUAGAUCGUGAGAGGCUUCUCCUCGGACUCAUGCGGGAAGGAAGGCACAUUUGGGCCCCUAAAGUGUUGACCAAGCGUUGGGAAUCAAUCUACAAGGAGCACCCACGCAGUUUUCUGCUGUGGAGGGCAUACCUUGAUCAUCUGAUGACCGAUGUUGCCUCUUUUGGCUUUGAUGAGAUCAAGGAAUUCUUCCAAAAACGUCUGGAUUUUCUCAAAGCUGAAAUGUAUCUGGCGACAUCUCAAGCGUCCGCCACUCAGGAGGUAGUAAACCUGUGUGAGCAGUUGUUAUACGUGUUUCUCCGAGUAACCAGGUACCUACGAGAUAGCGGAUUCUCCGAGACGGCUGUCGCAUUAUGGCAGGGAAUAUUGGAACUCACUUUCUGCCGUCCAAGCGGGCUUGUCGACUCUUCAGCAGAAGCAUGUCUAUUGGCUUUUCGGGAUUUCUGGGAGAGCGAGGUCCCCCGCUUUGGCGAGCAAGACCACCAAGGUUGGAAUGCUUUUGCCAGUAGCGAUCAGGACGUGCCAGAUCCUCGGAUAUCAGCGCCUCCAGAACUUCCCCAAUCUAGAGAUGUGUACAAGGCGUGGGCUUCUUCGGAACGCCAAAGAUGCCUCGGUAGCGGCAUGCCUGCCCGUGCGGUAGAUCAAGAUGCCGUUGAAGACCCACUGAGGGUGGUAAUGUAUUCGGAUAUCGAGAGUUUUCUCUUUGUGAUACCCUCUUGGAUAGUCCCACAGGUCAGCGCGCAAGUGGCCGAGGCGCUGUCUCAAUUUUGUCACCUGCCCGCCCUCUCUGAUCUUCACGGUCUUAUGCAAGCCGCCAGGGACGACCAGUUCACCAGUGGGUUUCAUGCACAUCUCCAUGCCGCAGUUGAUUUCAAAACGAGCGAACAGACAAGCGGGGCACUUGGCGAAGACCACGGGCCCAAGAAAGCGCCUCAGUUUCUCCACGAUGAAGCUCGUAUGGCAUAUUCUACGGAUUUGCUGGUAGUAGGUUCAGAUUGGUUUUCCUACGGAAUAACGACAACUGUACCAGAUAUCCCAAGAGAUUUCCACGACUGGACAUCCAACACCAUUCAGGAGCUUGCCCUCAAGCACAAAGUUGAAGAAGUUGGGGAACUCCAUCUCUCUCUGCAGUGGACCCAUAAACCACAAAACGCAAAGAAGACAGCAAAGGGCUUGCUCAAGCUAUACCCCACAAAUAUCGAACUAUACAAAGCAUAUGCAUAUUCCGAGUACUGCAACGGUAAUUUUGAGCUAGCCAAGAACGUGUUGUUGUCGGCUGCCAGUCAAAAACUAGGCGCUGUCCCGGGCAAGACCCAAUCAUUAUGGAACGCCCUGGUGUGGAUGGAGUUGCAGAGGACCAAUCUCCAAAAUGCCGCAGCAACCUUGUGCUCGUCGGCAGGGGACAAACCCGGUACGGUCAUGCCUAUGGAUGAUCUACCUCAGCCAACGCCGACGCAGAUUCUCAAGGCACGCCAGAGUUUCCAGACCGCAAGAGACUACCAGCUAUCGUCCGGAAAUGUGGCCGGGGCCGUCGCAUUUGCGGAGUCGUCAGUCUUGCUAGCAUAUCUAACGACGAAGGAUGGCGAGGAGACAUACUCGGCGAAACAAGGCAAUUUGUCAUCCGCAGUCGCAAGUGUGCUUUCCUUCUCAGAUGAGCUCUGCUCUCGAAGCGACGUGUCACAUUCCGCGAGCCAUGAAAGAUUCCUACAAUUCGCGUCGAAGCUUGUAUACUUUCACGCCAAAAAUGGAUCUUUCAGACCUGCAUCCUUACGGGAGAUCUUUUUGCGCUUUGUCACGUUAUUUCCGCGGAACACCAUAUUCCUGUCUCUCUUUGCGUGGGCCGAGUCGAGCCUCCGCCUGGACGAUCCCGUGCGCAGGCUGCUGCAGAAAAGCAUUCUAGUCGAGCCGACCGACACGAUAUCGGCCCGUAUCUUUGCCAUCCGCCACGAGAUGCGCGUCGGGAACGCCUACUCUACGCGGGCGGCCUUUGAGCAGGCCGUAGCGGUCGACAGGUUCGCCGGUGACCCCCACUUGUGGAUAGCUUACCUGCGGUUCUGCUGUAGCAGGAAGGAGCUGCGGAGUAAGGCCAAGGGCGUCUUUUACCGAGCCAUGGCCGCCUGCCCCUGGGCCAAGGAGAUUGUCAUGGAAGGGUUCGGCGGCGGUCUGAUUCGCGACAUGGCUUCCGACGAGCUGCGGGCGCUCUAUACUACCAUGUCGGCUAGGGGUCUGAGGAUCCACAUCGACAUGGAGGAGUUUGUGGAGGAGUGGCGGAGACGGAAGAAUGGCGGCAGGUAGUGAGAGUAAUAUGAGUGGUCAAGUGGAUGAAGAAUAUGAUGAACCAUUGGCGGAAAAUAUGUGAGACAGUUUACGAGACAUUUUGCUCCGUAAUGCAGCAGACGUUGAGCAAUACCGAUAUUGUAUGAGUACUCUCGCAAGGGCUGCUCAAAUGUUUGGCUCACGUAAUAUUAGCGUUUUUUCCUAAAUCUCGUAUAUACUGGUCCCACGCCCUCUUCUGCCCCCCUUUCCAAUUGCUUAGAUUGUUAUGUGCCAAAGUCGUGGAAUUAGUCUAUGGGUACCUAUCUAGUGACUGUCGUGGAGGAAUCUAUAUAUUUAUUGCUAGGCGCAUGUUACAUGCCUAAAUAUGUGAUCGCCACCCAAGAUCUGCCCGUCAGGGCAGAUCAUCGCCCCUGACGGUGAUCUCUAUC